CUUCAUUAUAUACUGGGACCGAGGAGUAGGCGCGAACCAAGUGUUUUCUUUACCAUUGUGGUUCAUGCCUUGAAAGCUUCGAAGUCCAUAGUGGACGAUUGAACUAACUCCAUUUGCAAACGUCAUAAUAUCCACCUCACCAUGGCUUCCCCUCACCCUGCGCGCAAUCCAACAUAUUGAGAGGGCGCUCAUACUCACUCGAUGUUGACCUUAUAUACAUACGAAAUUAGGGUCACUGGCCGUGCAUUCGGUUAUUCAAUCCAUUGUCUGCUCCUUCCGUAUCAGAGAGAGGCGUGCGAUUCUCCUUGCAGCGACUGGCUAUUUACGCUUUCGUAUUGAUAUUCCCGCCUCUGUUUUCCUCUUUCUCCUUCUUUUUCUUUUUUCAAUAUUCAUUUCUCUCUUCUCUUCCAACCGAAGUACACAGAUCCCUUUCGUCACGAUGAGUAGGGUCUCACUUGAACGUACAGAAACCACGGAGUUGCCAUCCGGUUCCCAUGAUAUCGAGGCGCAUCCGCAAACUUCACCAACCACCGUGGAGCCAGCUGGCCUUGAGUCAUUCCCAACAGUGACUAAGGGACCAUCAAAUGACACGGUUAGGAAUCGUGCACGGAGGUCAAAUACGGCGCGCUCAUACCACCCUGACAAUGUCACUCAUGACCCUAAUUGGCACCCUGGCACGGAGCCCGGCAUAGACCCCACCAAGCCGCUCCCGCCUUACAAUGCGGAUUGGGCAACUGCUGUACCAAGCGACCUAUUUACAAGGUGUGAGAUCAUUGUUGUGGACUUCUCUCAGAAUGAGAUGAGACAAUAUGAGCUUGAUAACGACACCCUGGAGCAAUUUCUUGCGAGAGAGAGGGAGCCCUGGGUGCAAUGCAGAUGGAUUAACGUCAAUGGGCUCAGCUGGGAUGUAAUCCGAGCCCUGGGAAAUCAGAAAGGUAUACACAGGCUUGCCAUUGAGGACCUGAUCAAUACGACAAAUCGUACCAAAGUCGACUGGUAUUCGGACCAUGCAUACAUUGUGCUCACGUUACAGAAAUUAGUCCGAAUCUAUGAAGAAACUAGUGACUCGGAUGAAGAGUCUGAACAGGGUCAAUGGGAACAUGACCGAAGGGGCUCAACAACAAGCAGCAAGAGUGUGUCUUUGAAGCGAGCAACUACCCUGAGUCUCAUUACGGAGGCAUUGAAAGACCUUUUCAGGCUAAAAUCACGAAAAAGAGACCCGAGUAAUGAACCCAACUUAGGGGCAAAUAUACGCCCUUCUAUGAAGAAAGCCGAAUCAAAAGCUUCGUUUGACAAUGCCUCAAAUAUUGGGCGAACUGCUCGCAGCAUGCAGCGGUAUCGAGGUGGACCAAACGAAGACCGCAUCGAAUUCAUGGAGCGACAUGCUGUGCUAGCAGCGAAGGGGCUAUCAGUCGCUUUAGAGCAGGUAUCGAUAUUCUUACACGCGGAUAACACUGUGACCUCCUUUUUUGAGACAAGCGCCGACGACAUCGAAUCGCCUAUUGUCAAACGGUUGACUUCUCCGGAGACUAUAUUGCGUCAAUCGUGUGAUGCCAGUAUGCUCGUGCAAGCAAUCCUGGAUGCUAUAAUUGACCUUGCAAUCCCGGUGACCACAGCUUACCAAGAUGCCAUUGGCGACUUGGAACUUGACGUCUUGACUGAUCCUGAUAUCGAUCAGUCUAAGGACCUCUACAUCCUAACAUCUGAGAUUUCAAUCCUUCGAAAUUCUAUGCAACCUAUCGUAACUAUCAUCAACGCGCUGCGAGAUCAUCGCUCUGAACCAAUCAACACCCCCGGAAUAGGUGUACUGAAGGGUUACUUUGGGCCCCCGAACUCCUCAGACCCAGCGCCAUAUAUAGGCACCGCUACUCCGAAUCUCAAAAGUGUAGGUGGCUCCAGCGUAUCUAUUAGUACCAUGUGCCAUACGUACUUGGGCGAUGCGCUCGAUCACUGCAUUACAAUAGUCGAAGGGUACGACCAGAUGAGACGGGCUGCUGACAAUAUGAUCGAUCUUAUCUUCAACACUAUCGGUGCAUAUCAGAACGAAAGCAUGAAGCAACUAACGCUCGUGUCUUGCUUCUUUCUCCCUCUCACUUUCCUGUCGGGCUAUUUCGGUAUGAAUUUCGAAAGUUUCGAUGGCAUUAAGCACAGUGAUGCAUACUUUUGGCAGAUUGCGUGUCCCUUUGUAUUCGCCAUUACCGUAUUCCUAAUGCGCGACAAGAUCGUACGAUGGACGGCGCGGCUUGCCCAGAAACGUCUCAUCACCAGCUCGAGGAAGAGACGAAAGCGAGACGCUAUCAGGAGGCGAUGAAAACCACCGAGCAGCAAUCGCUUUACCCUACUAUCGUAUAAAACUGAGUACAUAGUUAGAGCCGGGAUGGACAUGUUAGAUAUACAUAAUCUUGUAUAGUACACUUGGAUCAGUAUCAUACACGAUACUACAAAC